UUAACCUGAAAACUCUUACUCAGAACUUAAACAUUUCGUUUUCGUUUCGUGUUCACUAUGACUUCAUAUUAUAUUUUGUUGCUUAUAAUAAUACUAAUAUUAAUUAUUCUAAAAUAUCUAUCUAAAAAUCAUGAUUACUGGAAGAAAAGGAACGUACCAUACCUGAAGCCGACACUACUGUUUGGUAACUACAAAGACUCCAUUUUAUUAAAAACACAUCAAAUGCAGGUCGCGCACGAAAUCUGCACCCAAUUUACAAAUGAGCCCUACAUAGGCACCUUCUACGGCACGGCUCCAGCGCUCGUCCUACUGGACCCGAAUCUAAUUAAACUAGUGUUAGUGACAGACUUUUACUACUUUUGUGCCAGAGAAGUAAAUGACUAUACUCAUAAGGAGGCGAUCACUAAAAACGUAUUUUUCACCGGCGGCGAUGCUUGGAAGAUCCAGCGGCAGAAUCUCACUCCGUUAUACUCUGCGAGCAAAGUGAAAGGUAUGUUCCAUUUGAUACAAAGCUGCGCCAAACAGUUAGAGAAACUUAUCGAAGAAGAAACGAAAUAUUCGCCAAGCAUUGAUGCGAAAACUUUACUAGGAAAAUUCGCCAUAGACACCGUAACCAGCUGCACAUUUGGAAUUAAUGCUAAUGCCUUGAAAAAAGAAGCUUCUGGCCCGAAUCCCUUUGUAAUGCUUCGAGAGAAGAUAUUCGACUCGUCAAAAUUCUCAGGCAUAAAAAUCUACUGCAGACAAAUAUGGCCAGCGUUAUUCUAUGGUUUAGGAUUCAAACUAUUCGACGAGGCCAUACAUAAUUUUUUCCGAAAAAUCUUACGUGAAGUUUUUGAAUCGCGCGCCAAUAUGAAGUCUUCCAGAAACGAUUUCGUCGACCAAAUAUUGACCUGGAAAAAGGGCAAUGUAAUAACUGUGGAAAGUAUGAGUAAUUUAAAGACAGGCGAUAAAAAGAUAGUAACUCUCAAAGUGGAUGAUGAUUUGCUGACUGGUCAAUGUGUGGCAUUGUUUGGAGCUGGAUAUGAAACGACAUCUUCUGUUAUGAGUUUUGUUUUGUUCGAGAUUGCAAAAAAACCAGAGGUUCAGGUUAAAGUGAUUGAAGAAGUUGAUUCAUAUUUUAAGAAGCAUAACGGUGAAAUUGAAUAUGAGUGUGUCAAUGAGCUGCCAUAUCUUGAAGCGUGCAUUGAGGAGACUCUUCGGUUAUAUCCACCGUUGGGAGUGAUUGCCCGGGAAGCGAUGGAGGACUAUACUUUUCCGACUGGUCUUCGUCUACGCAAAGGGGAUCGUAUUCACAUGCCUCUGUACCAUAUACAUCGUAAUCCGAAAUGUUUUCCGGAACCAGAAGAAUUCCGCCCCGAGCGGUUUUAUGGGGACGCAAGAAAAGAUAUUAAUCCUUACAGCUACUUUCCUUUCGGCGAGGGUCCCAGAAUUUGUUUAGGGAUGCGGUUUACCAAGAUGCCACUGCACGCGGGCCUUCUUGCGGUGUUCAGAAACUAUCAUCUGGAGUUGGCCGAAGACAUGCCGAAGACGGUUCCCUUGCAGCCGUACUCCAUCGUCAUCACCGCCGCCAUCCCCAUCAAACUUAACUUUAUUUCACGUAGAGCUUGA